CACGGGCGGCGGGACGCUGGGACGGCGGCGGCCGGAUUGCGCGAGGCAUUGAAAGACGGAGAGGUGAGGAUAGAGACGUGGAGAAACAGGGAGAGAGAAGUGGAGAGAGACAGAGAGACAGAGACGUGGAAAGGCACAGAGACUCGUGGAAAGACACAGAGAGACGUGGAGAGAGACAAAGCAAGACACUGAACAAGGACGUAAGACAGGACAAGCUCAGCUGCCCCUGGAGCCCUGGCCCCGCCUUCAUGCCUGGCAGUUGCCCCACCUGGCCCAUCCUCCCAGGUAAGCCUCAGCCUGUGCUGCAGGCAGUCUGACUCACAGUCCCCCAAGUGACUCUUGAGGAGCAUCUGCAGGCAAGAGGAUGGCCCAAGUCCUGCACGUGCCAGCCCCCUUCCCAGGGACCCCCGGCCCAGCCUCCCCGCCUGCCUUCCCCACCAAGGAGCCCGACCUGCCCUACUCCGUGGAGACUCCCUAUGGCUACCGCCUUGACCUGGACUUUCUCAAGUACGUAGAUGACAUCGAGAAGGGCCACACACUACGGCGGGUGGCCGUGCAGCGCCGGCCCCGCCUCGGCUCCCUGCCCCGCGGCCCUGGCUCCUGGUGGACGUCCACUGAGUCUCUGUGCUCCAAUGCCAGUGGGGAGAGCCGCCACUCAGCCUACUCCUACUGCGGCCGCGGCUUCUACCCACAGUAUGGCGCCCUGGAGGCCCGUGGUGGCUUCAACCCGCGCGUGGAGCGCACGCUGCUGGAUGCCCGGCGCCGCCUCGAGGACCAGGCGGCCACACCCACUGGCCUGGGCUCCCUGACCCCCAGUGCAGCCGGCUCGACGAGCUCUCUGGUGGGUGUGGGGCUGCCACCCACAACACCUCGGGGAUCGGGACUGUCCACGCCAGUGCCACCCAGCGCUGGGCACCUGGCACACGUGCGGGAGCAGAUGGCCGGGGCCCUGCGGAAGCUGCGGCAGCUGGAGGAGCAGGUGAAGCUGAUCCCGGUGCUCCAGGUGAAGCUGUCGGUGCUGCAGGAGGAAAAGCGACAGCUCACAGUGCAGCUCAAGAGCCAGAAAUUCCUAGGCCACCCCACAGGGGCCCGGGGCCGCAGCGAGCUCUGCCUAGACCUGCCCGAGGCCCCUGAGGACCCGGUGGCGCUUGAGACCCGGAGCGUGGGCACCUGGGUCCGAGAGAGGGACUUGGGCAUGCCCGACGGGGAGGCUGCUCUUGCUGCUAAGGUGGCCGUCCUGGAGACCCAGCUCAAGAAAGCGCUCCAGGAGCUGCAGGCAGCUCAGGCCCGGCAAGCUGACCUUCAGCCCCAGGCCUGGCCGCCACCAGACAGCCCAGUCCGUGUGGACACCGUCCGAGUCGUGGAGGGGCCACGGGAGGUGGAGGUCGCGGCCAGCACAGCUGCCGGGGCCCCUGCCCAGCGGGCCCAGAGUCUGGAGCCCUACGGGGCUGGGCUGCGGGCCUUGGCGACAUCCAGUGGAGCUGAGAGCCCCACUGUGUUCCGCAGCCAUGAGGUGGUGGAGACAGUGUUCCCAGCACCUGCUGCAUCCACCAGCAACAUCCACCUGGUGAAGAAGAUCAGCAUCACAGAGCGCAGCUGUGAUGGGGCAGCAGGCACUGAGGACACAGCAGUGAACGUGACUGACAAAAGCGCCUGCAAUAAGCAAACAAGAGACCACCAGAAAGAAGUGAAGGAAAAUUAUUUCAGAGAGCACAUGUUUGAAGCAAAUAAGACAGGUCUCCCACAGGCUCCUUCAGAGUCAUCCUUGUCACCCCCAGAGAAUGAGGAGGACUCCCUGGCACAGCCUGAGAAGAACACAGGCUGGGCACCCACCUACGAGGCCACCAACAGGGAGCUCACAAGGCAAGCAGCCUCGAAGGAGCCAGAGUCCGAGGAGGCCAGGGGAGCAGGCGGGCCCCAGGCAGGCAUGAAGUCCAUCAUGAAGCAAAAGGAGGAGCCCGCAGAGCCCGAGGCCCACCACAGGAGCCUUCAGUUUGUGGGGGUCAAUGGCAGGUAUGAGUCUUCAUCUGAGGACUCCAGCACAGCAGAAAACUUCUCAGACAAUGAGAGCACAGAGAACGAGGCCCUGGAGCGGGAGGAGAGGGUUGCAAGUGUGACUGAAGCCCCCCAGCUCAGGUCCAAGGAGACAGCAAAGGCCAAGACCAGCCAGGAGGAAUACCAGCUGUCCCAGGAGUCUCAGCACGUGCGUACAGCUGAGGGAGCAUCGGGAUCAACUGCUGAAGAGGAGAUCCGGAUGGAUCUCAGCCCUGACCUCAUCUCAGCCUGCCUAGCCCUGGAGAAGUACCUGGACAACCCCAACGCCCUCACGGAGCGGGAGCUGAAAGUGGCCUAUACCACGGUGCUGCAGGAGUGGCUGCGCCUGGCCUGCCGCAGCGACGCCCACCCAGAGCUUGUGCGGCGCCACCUGGUCACCUUCCGGGCCAUGUCGGCCCGGCUGCUGGACUACGUGGUCAAUAUUGCUGACAGCAACGGCAACACCGCACUGCACUACUCCGUGUCCCAUGCCAACUUCCCCGUGGUGCGGCAGCUGCUGGACAGUGGUGUCUGCCAGGUGGACAAACAGAACCGCGCCGGCUACAGCCCCAUCAUGCUAACCGCCCUGGCUACCCUGAAGACCCAGGAUGACAUCGAAACUGUCCUACAGCUCUUCCGGCUCGGAAACGUCAAUGCCAAAGCCAGCCAGGCGGGGCAAACAGCCCUGAUGCUGGCAGUCAGCCACGGGCGGGUAGAUGUGGUCAAAGCCCUGCUGGCCUGUGAGGUGGAUGUCAACGUCCAAGAUGAUGACGGCUCCACGGCCCUCAUGUGCGCCUGUGAGCAUGGCCAUAAGGAGAUCACAGCCCUUCUGCUGGCCGUGCCCAGCUGCGACAUCUCCAUCACCGACCAAGAUGGGAGCACAGCUUUGAUGGUGGCCUUGGACGCAGGACACAGUGAAAUUGCAUCCAUGCUGUACUCCCGCAUGAACAUCAAGUGCUCGUUUGCCCCGAUGUCAGAUGAUGAGAGUCCCGCGUCAUCCUCUGCAGAGGAGUAGCCGUGAGGGGGGACCUGAGGCACCUCUCCUCGGGGGCCAGGCGGCCCCAGAGUGAACCACCCCACAUCCUCCAUCCCCUUCCUGGGCAGCUCCCACUCUACCCACCAAGGCCCAAGUCUCAAAGGCAAGUGGGGUUUCCUUCUGCUUCCCAUGGGGAGCCCCCAACAGCAACAAGACUUCAGCUGAAAGCGGGUUUUUCCCAGGACCCCAGUUCAAAGCAGCCGCAGCACAGACCGAAGCUAAAUUCUUAUAUAAAUUGGCGCCAGUGGCUGGUGCUGGGCGUGGGUUUGCGAAGAACGCUGAGAACAAUCAACUGGCAAUUAUGGAUGGAGGAGGCUGAGAGGGAAAAAUAUUGUAUUUUUGAAUCACUGUCAGGGGAAGCUGGGGGCGAAGGGGGGGAGAAUCGCAUUACUUGUUGCCAGAUCUGAAAGUCACUGGAAUCGCAUAUUUUCAUUUUAAUCCUGAAUGUUGUUACACACGGAUCACAUCUGGAGUGGCAGAACACCCCCCUCGCCCCCCUCCAUUUAAUUGUCUGGUAUAUAAUAGUGUCUUGUCCACUAACCCCCACCCCAAACGGCUUUCUCGGUGGAGUUUUCUUCUGGUCUUGUCACUGAGCAGAUCCUCUCCUUGUCACCUGGGGCAGGAAGUUUCUCCUGCCUUCGUUUCUUCUGCAUUCACAUCGCACCCACUCAGGUGCGGGGUUCGAGACCCAGAAGCCCAGGUGUGCACAUAGUUCGGAUUGAGAAAUUACCCAGAAAUCCAUCCCCUCCCCACAUGUUGUGGGGGAGAGGGCUGGCAAAUAUUCAUUUUCCUAGAAAAUCCUUUAGAUCUGGAGACACGGGAAAUGAAUCCAAUUCCCAGAGGGGCCGCUGCACCCCGAGGCUGAAAACCCCAAUAACGGGGCCGUCCUUGUCCUCGCCAGACUCCAGAAUUUCUCUCCUCAAAGGAAAGAAAACAGGGCAUGAGAUUGUUGGCAAAGCACAGGACCAGCUCCAAAAAUCCCAUGUGUGCUCGAUUAAAAGCUGGCUGCCCCCGAGGGUUCCCAGUGCAAACUUAAAGAGACAGGGCUUUGCUGAAAACCAAACAAGGGCCAGCUGGGUUUUUUUUUUAACAACCUACAGGCUUUCCAGAGCUGCCUGGAACAGAGCCUGCUGGAAACAGGGCUCUCCCGACACACGCAGUUUCCUGGAUGGCCUAUUUUGUCCCCAGAAUCUCAACAUGGUUCUCUUUCCCAUUCCUUCCUUUUUGACCAAAAAAAAAAAGGGGGGGAGGGUGGGGUGGGGAUAGGUUCCUAGCCUCAGCAAGUGUCUUGUGAUCGGGAGAAAGAUCUCAAGCUCUUAAGUGUCCUGCGCUGUCUUGUCCAGUUCUCAGCUUGGCCACCAGGGUUGAAGCCAGACCCCAUCAGGACAGAGUAAACCCUUGGCAUUUAUACACGUUCAUUCAGUAAAGACAAGUGCUGGCCUCUCUCCUAGCAAAGUAGAUUUCCUGGCUUGAUAGAGCCUGGCUUGCUUUGAUUUUGAUGGAAGGGAUAUACCUAAGACAGAAGGGCUCGGAUGGUCAAAAGAGAGGGGUGUGUGUGUGUGUCUGAUGGUCAGAAGAGAGAUGUGUGUGUGUGUGUGUGUGUGUUGUGUGUUGUGUGUUGUGUGUAAAUGAAACCCAGGCUCACUGGGGAAUACCACUGAUGGAAGACCACAGCUUUGGGCGGCUUUGAGAAGCGGUACAAGAAUUGUGUGUGCCUGUAUGUCUGGCCCUGGAGCCUGUGGGUGCAUUUAUUUUAAGCUUCUAGAAGCAGCUCCUUGAACACUGCCCCCCCCCAGAUAAAGCCAUAUUUAUGCCUGUGUUCCCUCCUCCUCCCAUACCCACUGGGCUUGGUGUGGUAGGCUACAGGGGAUCCUGCCUCGGACACCCCCCCCUUCUCACAUGUAUUCGUGACCUUUAACUUCACUUUUCCACCACGGUACGUCCAUUAAGUCAGUAUUACUCUUAAAUGAAGUAUUCCUUUUUGUAAUCGUUUUUUAGAAGGUAGAAUUUAAUAAAGCUACCUUAUGAUAAUGCCAAA